CGGCUCAGUAUUGAGGGAAAUAAAGCGGUCAGCUGUGUCAACAGAGCAGAGAGUAAAAUUUCCAGUCAGUUUUCAAGAUAAAAGAAAUUACGCUUCCAGAAUAAACCUCUGGCAGGAAUCCACCGUGGCAGUAACACGGUAGGGUAUUCGGGGUUUAAAACGUAGGAAACCCGUUUUGCUGUCCGAGACGUUCAAAGAGUAUUUUGCAUACCAUCUCAGUAACUGAAGACUGGGCUCGCUCUCAUAACAGAAACAGGACAGGCGACAGAUAACAUGUCCGACUUCAUUAUCUUAUCCCUAAUCGGCGUUUUGAUCCUGUGUCUGCUCUUGACCCUUGUGGGCUUCGUGUUUUACUCUGGACUUCUCGCCGAGGUCAUUAUACGGACAGGAUCUCCUCCGGUGAAAAAGAUGACAAUUGCAUACAAAUUCAAGAAAGGCUCCUACAAGGAGAGUGGAGCUGCCUUCACCGAGAGCUGCAGCAUUGCUCCAAAGCUCUGCUCCAUCGGCCUGUAUUACGAUGACCCCAACCAGACUCAGGCUGAUUGUUGUCGGUACGCAGUGGGGAGUAUCCUGAGCGAGGAUGAGGAGAAGCCGGAUGAAGAGCUACAGCGUCUGUAUGAGAAGUUUGGGUUUAGCGUCAUCUCCUUCCCUGAGGUCUCCUGUGCUGUGACUUCCUCUUUCCCUAACAGAUGCCCACUGUCCCCCAUCUGUGGGGCAUACAGAGUCUUCCCUGAACUGAACUCCUACAUUAUGGAAAGAAGACUGUCUGCAUAUCCCUUCUUGGAGAUCUGUAAGGGAGAUUUGAUCCACUACAUGUGCCCCCUGGAGAACCAGGAGAGCUUUUUCGUGCCUGAACUUCUGGAGAAGCAAACUGAGGGUGAGCAGAAGCCAAAAGAGGGUGAGGAAGAUGAAGACGACAAAGGCGAUGAAGUCACACAGACAGGUGAGAGCUGUCAGCUGGAGAGCAGUGCAGUGAUCCAGGAGGCAGGUGUUUCAGGUGCUGAGAGCGGAGAGGCCGCGGCAGACCUACCAGUGGAGGAACAGAGUCCAGAACAGGACGAGGGAGAUGGACAGAGUGAGGAAACUGACCAGGGGGCCAAGAGCUCCGGCGAGUCUGUAGGCAGUGGCUCCUCGUUUGAAGAACUGGACAUGGACAUGGAGGAAGCAGAGAAGGAGAGGAAAGAUGGAGAGGAGGAUCACAUGAAGGACAAUGAUGAAAAAGCAUGAUGAAGGAGGGAGAAGGAAGGGAUAGAAUGUGUAAGAGAUGACUGGUGUGUAUGGAUAUGUGUGUUUGAAGUAGAUAACGAAAACUAUGGUGUUCCUUAAAGGUGCAACAAGUGGUAUUUCUUUCAGUUUAUUUUCAUUCAAAAUAUAAUGUGCUUUUCACUAACCUGAAGUAGAGCAGUCUUAAAUUGUGUAAUCAAUAGGUAAUAAAUGUCAGCCAUAGUUUCAAUACUUUUUUGAAGUCUUCAAAAUAGCCAUGCAGGUGUAGCUUUGGUCUGCACAUAGAUGAUUGUGUUUUUGACUGCAUCUCUGAUGGGCUUUUAUAUUUCAAAUGUUAUAUGAUCAAGUCUCACCGUUUUAAUGGAUAACAUAAUAUAACUGCCUCACUACUGACACUAGAAAGU